AUCGAGGCCAAACUUGCCUCACUCGACCCGAGAGCUGGGCUAGUGAGGCUGAAAUAAGGAUGCUUCGAGUCCCCAGAGCUUCUGUCGAGAGUCAGGUGUUUCUCUUGUUUGGGCUUUCGCAAGCCAAGUGCUAAAUGAAGGGGGGGAAAAGUAAAAACUAAUUUCGCUUCCCUCCCCCGCCCCGCCCCCUUCCGCCUAAUUAGAUUUCAUUCAUAUUGGAAUCAAUACUGAUGGGGUCUAACAAGUUUGUUGUUAAGUGUAGGAACUUUGCUGUGUUAGUAGAUCUUCAUAUUUUGCCUCAAGGAUCAAGAAAAGACACCAACUGGUUUUCAGAACAGAAGAAAGAGGAUAUCUGUAUGCUACUUAAAGAAACUAUUGAUUCAAGAGUAAAGGAUUACUUAGAUGCUUGUAAACGGCUUGACCUGUCAAAAAAUGCUGAAUUCACACGAUACAAUCCAUUGUCCUUAAAAGGAUACGGACUUCACAUAACAGCCUAUUUCAUCAAAAGAGGGGUUCACCUUCGUUGUAUUGUGGGGAAGCCAAAUUGUGAACUCCGUGUAUUCCCAGAUCAGUUUGUGGUAUGUGUAAAUCAGCUUGAAUAAAAUCACAAUCUUUUGGCAAGUCAAAAUGAAGCAAGCACCCGUAAUGUAUACCCUAUUGGUGAUAUUCUGGAAAUUGUAGCUGUUUCCAUCUGCAUUGUUGGAGAGAGUUUCUUCCUCGAGGAGCUCUUAUGCCAGCAAAAUCACAGAUCCAAUCCCUAUUGCUAACCCGCUAGUUCAUAAUAAAGAUGCUGCUUUAAUAUCUCCAAGGAGGAGGAAACCACAAGCUCUCUUGUCCUUGACAUCAAGCCUAAAUUGGCUUCUUGGUAGCUUUCACCCAUUGCUCCUGGUUCUGUCCCUUGGGCCAUAUAGAAAAAGUCUAGUCUCUCUUCCACAUGACAACAGUUGAAACAUUUGAAGGCAGGUCUACUCUCCUGAGCAGUGUGUGGAGGAUCAUUUGAGCAAAGGAGCAAUAUCAGACCUGUGCAUUAGGAAUAUCAUGUUGGCAGCCAUGAGUUCAACUGUAUGCUCACACGGAAGGAAAGAAAGAGUGGAACAGAAGGUCAUUGAAGAGCCAAGUGGAGGAUAGAGGCAAACUGAAGUCAUCAUUUAAGAAAUAGAAUACUCUAAUAUUGUUCUCUGUCACCUCAAACAGAGGAAUCAUGAAUCUGAGUGCUGUCUGAUUUGGGGAUGCUGUAAAUUGUACACAUAUACAUUCAGACAGAAUAAAAUGCCAAUCGUGAACUAACAAUGGCAGGGUCAGUGGAAGGGUAUAAAUAAUAACCAAGACAUUUCACCUUUCAUAUUUUGUUCACCUUUUGAGAUCUAUUAUUAUGUCAACCAUGAAAGAGACUUGAACCAAUGAAGACAUUCCAAAGCCUGUUUAUUAGAUUACUCCUGAAAGCAUGAUCCCAGAUCCAGUAAGAAAAUAAGUCAUUUUUAAGUGAUUCUAAAACAAGAGAGAGCUAUGCCAACGUUGCUAACUUACCUUGAACCCAAGAAGAUUCCUGAUCAAGAACCAGAAAAGAAACUUUUUUUAUUUCAGAAAAGGGAGAAGAAAGGAGUAAAUGAUUUUUAAAAGCUAUCAAAAACCUAGGUUUGGAAGUUAAAAAAACAAGUUUUCUACUUUCUGUGAUAGUUUUAAAAAAAAAAAAGCCCUGUAUUCUCUUAAAUUGGGGGGUAUGGUUUUUGAAACCACAUAGUUAAUUACUGUAAAAAACAAUUGAAAUAUUGACACUGAGUCUUAGGUAAUGAAUUAAAUAUGCCUUCUCACCACUUGUGUAUCAUGAAUUAAAACAUGAAGUACACGGAGAUAAUUGUCUUUGACUAUUUUGCUAUCACAUGUGUUUAAGGAAUUCUGCCUUUAAGCAUUCUCUCUCCAGAUGUCUGAAAUACAUAUGGAUCUUUCAUUUCAUUAAAACUAAUGAGUGGUUAUAUGAUCUUUCUGUAGUACAAAGGGAAAAAAUAGAUGGAAGGUGUUUUGUAUGUAUAGGUUAUGUGUCAAUUUCAAAUUAAAAACU